UAAAAUACGAGAGGGUAAUUAAAGCAAUGUUCUCGAUAACAUUCAAGGCAAAGUUGAUGUAGCUGAGCCACAAAUCCCGGCUGUACAGCAGAUGAGAGUUGUGUUGGAAAUACAGGUAGGCUAUGAAAAACCUGGGAAGGGCCUGCAUUGUGAUUGCGAUUUGCCACACUUCCUUUUGAGGCGUAAAAUUCCCGAUCGCAGACGAUAUCGAUGGAAGAAUAUUGUAAACUUGGCAAUGCGUGAAUGUGGCACUUUCGAAAUUCAAAAGGACGGAGUAGACGAUGCAAAAAACAAACGCCAGCAACGGGAUCGCGCAAGUUGUGACAGCGAAACGCGGAAACGACAUACGCCAACAGGAUAUUUCGUACGCGCUGUACAACAGGCCGUACUUCGCCUCCAUUGCGUCCAAUUAUCACAAAUCUAAGCUAUAUCAACGAAAAAUCUGCCCUCAAUUCAUUUUAUCGAUAGGUUAACUCGCUUCUGUCAUAACUAACGCGAACUACGCGCGUUCUUCUUCUUCCAACUGUCAAAUCGCGAACAAAGGAAUGCCAACCAUGGGCGUGCUCGAUUAUUUUUACACAUUGACACUUUUUAUGUCAAAAUGUUAAAAAAUAAAAGCAAUGAUUUGUUUGAUGUGCUGGUCAUAGGCGGGGGUAUAAUCGGGACGGCGAUAUCAAGACAAAUCCUGCAAAUAUCGCCGAACCUAAAAAUAGCGAUUCUUGAGAAAGAGGACUCCGUUGGAAGCCAUCAAACAUCGCAUAACAGUGGCGUGGUACACUCGGGGAUUUAUUAUAAACCCAAAUCGUUGAAAGCCAAGUUAUGCGUAGAGGGUUCGAAAAUGAUCAUGGACUAUGCGCGCGAUAAAAAUAUAGGUUACAAUAAGUGCGGGAAAAUAUUGCUGGCGAAUUCUAGGUGCGAAAUAAGGAAUUUGGAGAGGAUUUUUAAGAGGGGUUUGGAGAAUGAUGUGGCAGGUUUAAAAAUUAUUAGAAAUAAAGAGAAAAUUAAUAAAAUCCAGCCCAAUUCAGUUGGAGUAUUUGGUUUAUGGUGCCCUGUUACAGCGAAUUUAAAUUGGGGCGAAAUAACUUGUAGUUUUUUGGAGGAUUUUAGAUCCUGUGGAGGUGAAAUUUAUUACAACUUCAAGGUCAAAAACAUAAAACAUUCAGAUGAUUUAAACCACCCUGUAGAGAUAUCCUCAAAAAAUAGCCUUCUUAAGUCAAAAUACUUGAUAUGCUGUCCAGGUCUGCAAUCAGAAAAAAUUGCAGAGCUCAUUGGCGCACCAAAUGAAGCUAGGAAUGUUUCCUUCAGAGUUCAGUACAUGCUGCUUGAAGAAAAAGCUUCACAUAAUAUUCUGACCAAUAUUUAUGAAGUACCAGAUAUUGACGACUCCUUUUUGGGCGUUCAUAUUAGCCCCAGAUCCGACGGAAGAGUUUUGUUGGGGCCAUCGGCUUUGCCAGCCUUAAAAACGGAAGGUUAUAGGUCUUAUCAAAUGAACUUGUCCUACAUAAAAAACACACUUUCCUACGCUGGGUUCCAAAAAAUGACGUUAAAAAACCUCCCGAAAUGCAUAAAUCAGGUAGCAAAAACCAUCUGUCCUGAAAUUCAAUACAAAGAAUUGCUAAAACUGAUCGACUCCAUCAAAUUUGAAGAUAUUGAAGCGGGGCCAACGGCGGUUCAGACUCAGCUUAUAGAUUCGGAUGGGAAAUUUGUGGACGACUUUGUUUUUGAGUUUUUUGAGGGGGAAGGAUUGAGGAGAAGGAUUAUUAAUUGCAGGUUUUUGCCCAGUCCUGCUGCUACUAGCAGUUUGGCCAUAGGGAGGUUGACAUUAGUUAUAUUUUUAAUUUUUUAUACAUUAGCUGGAAGGAAAUGUGAUGUUGAUCACGUAGGACCUAAGAAAUAUAUGGUUUGGCCAUGUUAUAGAAAGUAUAAAGAUGAAAUCUACAAUUUUCCCAUUAAAAAAAAUGACGUUUGGGUAGUAACACUGGGAAGAUCAGUAUGGCCUACGUUUUUUGAUCACUGUCUAGAAGCAUGGAAUAUUAGAAACCAAGAAAAUAUAUUGUUUUUAUUCUAUGAUGAUAUUGUUAAGGAUAUGAGAUCCACAAUCCUAAAAGUUUGCAAAUUCCUUGGAAAAUCAUAUACAGAUGCUGAAAUUGAUAGAUUGGUAGAACAUAUGAAAAUUGAUAAUUUCAAAAAGAAUGAAAGCGUAAACAGAGAUUAUUUUGACUUUAGACCACAAUCUGAUAGUGAUAGAAAUUUUGUAAGAAAAGGCAAAGUAGGUUCCCAUAAGGAAUUAUUUUCAAAGGAACUUAAUGAGAGGGCUAACAACUGGAUCAGGGAAAAUUACAAAAAAACUGAUAUGAGAUUUCCUACCAUGCUUGAAUAAAUUUUUAACAAUUGCUUGUAUAUUAAAAAAAUUUUACCUUGUUAUUGUAUGUAUAUGUGGAUUUAGUUUUUUGUUUGUUUUAUAAUAUGGGAUAAAUAAAUGUAAAAAUAACCUAUUGUGUUAUUAUUUUUACAAUGUCUUACGAAAAACAUGAA